CGCACCGCGCCGGGUCGCUCGGAGUUCCUGCCGCGUCCUGCCGGCACCGCGCGCGCGCGCACGCUCCGCAGUCUCCGGGAGAAGCCGCCCGACGUAAGACGAGGGCGCGACCGCGCCCGCACCCCGGGAACAGCCCCAACGACCGGAGGCUCAAGACGCCGUCGAACGUCCCGGGAUGCUGACCCCCGGGCGCCGACUGACCGCCUACAGGCUGUGAGGACUGCGCGCGGGGGAUGACGCGCUGACCCGACGCCACCACCCCCAGGACCGGCGCGCCGCACGAGGUGGAGUGAUAUGUUAACCGAAGGCAAUGACCCGACGAAACUGGCAGGCGUUUUAGACGGCUCCGGCAACGUGUCUUCGUCGACGGAGGCCUCGGUACAGCACCCUCGCACCGCUAACAAUGAGGCCGAGGUCAAGAACGAAGUCCAGGACUGUCCUGAGAACGACAGCGUUCCCGGCGGAGAGCUGUACAUCGACGAGAAUGCCGAGGACAAGGAGCAGGAAUAUCCGGAUCCCAUGGAGAAGGCCGAUUACGGUGUCCUUUAUGGGGCAAACCAGUAUUACAACAGUCUCUACGGCUCGCCUACCUAUGCAUCCGUCACCGCCACCAAGAAUUCGCCUGCUCUUCAGGGCUCGUACCUGACCUCGUACACCUCGCCAAGCCCCAUGGCGCAAUACCCCUCAUAUGCUCAGUACAACAGUGGGACAACCACCUUCCCCACCGUGGGACAGAAUAUAUCGUCGGCCUCGCAGAAAUUAGAUUACAGCGCGUACAGCACCUCUCUGUACGGAAACGACCGAGUCCCGCUCCAAUAUUCCGGAUAUUACCCGAUGCCCGGUUAUCACCCCACGCCGACCUCCUUCAACAUAAGUAAUCUCAACUUUGCGGACUCGACGAAGUCGUCGCUCGCUCUGGACACGACGUCGCACGAUGCCAACGACCUGACCGCACGGGAGGCCACCAACGUAGAAGGGCCUACGGCGAAACCCUGCAGACGCGGAAGGCGGCAGAGCGGAAGCGGAAACAGUAUAGGAUCGACGGACACGGCCGAAGCCGGCCUAGACCGGAUAUUCAUCUGGGACCUGGACGAAACCAUAGUGGUGUUCCACUCCCUGAUGACCGGGCACUUCGCCGCGAAGAACGGCAGGGACCCUACCCUCCUGGCGCAACCGGCCUACAGGAUGGAGGAGAUCAUAAUCAACCUGGCGGACACCCACUUCUUCUUCAACGAGAUCGAGGAAUGCGACCAAGUGCACAUAGACGACGUCUCCUCCGACGACAACGGCCAGGACCUGUCCUCCUACGAUUUCGCCACCGAUGGCUUCCGGUACACCUCGGCGAACAAUGGCAUUUGUCUUGCCCCAAGCGUAAGGGGUGGCGUCGACUGGAUGAGGAAACUCGCCUUCCGUUACCGGAAGAUCAAGGAGAUUUACACCAACUACCGGAACAACGUCGGCGGCCUCCUGGGGGCCGAGAAACGGGAAGAGUGGCUCCAACUACGAAACGAGAUCGAGGCUCUUACCGACAACUGGUUGACAUCCGCCGCUAAAUGUCUCAGCCUCAUUAACAAGAGGAGCCAUUGCAUGAACAUCCUGGUCACGACCAAUCAGCUGAUCCCCACCUUGUCUAAGGCCCUGCUCUUCGGGAUCGGUGGCAUGUUCCCCGUGGAGAACAUCUACUCGGCCGCUAAAAUCGGAAAGGAGAGCUGCUUCGGCAGAGUGAUCGCUCGUUUCGGCCGUAAGUGCACCUACGUGGUAAUCGGCGAUGGUUCCGACGAGGAGACGGCGGCCAGGACGAACAGCUUCCCCUUCUGGAGGAUAACCGCGCUCUCGGACCUCGUCGCGUUGUACAAGGCCUUGGAGUAUGGACUUCUAUAAAAAGAAGAGCGAAGAACAAAGGCCGAGUUCCCGGCGGCCCCUCGAGGAGGAGCGUCGUCCUCCAGGACUCGUCACCUCGAGGAGGUCUUACCACUAGGGUAGAGGCACAAGGGCACGCGAUAGUUCUUUAAGGGGGCAUGAAAGUGACAUCCGAAGCUUUUCUCUGGGUCCACAAUAAUUUGAAACGUUCCAUCAGCUGAUCGCGGAGGUCCUAAUGGAGGUCUUGAGACUCGUGGAACCUCUCCAGACACUUUUUCUUUUUAAUUCCUAUUCUUCUCCAGGAUAAAUGAAAUUCUUUCACCGGGAGUUUCAAGACCUUCGUUGGGGCCUCCAUAACCACGGCUCGAAGUUUCGAAUUGUUUGGUCCACCCGGUUAAUUUUUAUUUAAUAUUUGAACUUCGCGAUACGUGGGAUAGCUUUCAUGACACCUCGAGUACUCGCUCCUCCCGGGUGGGCCGCCAUUACUCCUAUUAUUUAUCGUGCACUUAGCGCGUAUGUAGAGUGUCGAUCGUUCCUCGAGACAAGGGCUCUCGAAAACGGUCCCGGGUGGAACCGAGGGAGCUUUUGCGGUCUCGUUGUCAAGCCUUCCCCGGAGGGCGCUUCGACGACCUCUUCGGGGUACCAGCCGGCUGGCUAAUCCGACGUCCGAAAUCUCCCCUCGACUCUACCUCCUCUCGGGACCCUUUCUCCUUCUCUCCCUAUCGGGGACGAUCGAUCGGUCCAGGGUCCAUAAGUGAUAAUGAAUGAGAGGUAAGGCGAGGCGAGGAUGACAAAAGAUUUAUCUAUUAUGAAAUUUCUAACUGAGAUAUUAUUAGCGAGCUUCUACGUGUAUAAAGUCGGAGGGGGGGUCUGUCGGGAUGGCGCGCGUUAUCGUCUGUUUUCCUGUACUUAAGUAACCGAGUAAAAGAUCCUCGGUGUUAUUAAUUAACCUGGCCGUAUUGUCGGAGUAUUAGGUACCUUCCCUUAUCGCCGGAAUAUUCAGAUCCCGCGAAAUUGCGGAUCUUACCGGAGGGAUGUCACUUUUUCUUCUGCCUUAUUCGCGCGGAAAGGAAAAAAAAAAAAAAAAAAAAAACUGCGCCGAGGAGGACCGAAUCGCUCAUAUCAACUCUUGGGGAGGAGAUCGCGCAAGGUCUCGGUAGCGUGGUGUUCCGAUCGAUCGUCGAUUAAUUAUCCUUUUCUUGUAAUUCCUUGAGCGAGAGUGGCACGAGACACUCGGGAUUUAAUCGUAUCGUCGUCCGAGACACUCCUACCCGCUGAUAAGAGUCGCCGAAAAUUUACAUACACUCUCGCAAUUCCCAAUUAGAUGAAAUUUUAUAAUAGCUACCUCGGACCUCUGGUAAUGUUACAUAAUUUUUGUUAGCCUAGACGUGACGUCAUAGAGACAGUGUAAUUACACCGCAGUUCGUCGUGGCAUCGGGAGUUACCAAUUAUUGGUGUAUGUAAAUUAACGCGGGGCAUUUUUAUCAGUGGGAUGGGAAAUUUCCCUUAUCUAAGUCGCUGCAAGAUAUUUCUUGUGUGGUACCACGCGGCACAAAGUCUGUGCACAAAUCGUAGCUUUAUUGUUCCGGGGAGAGGCGGUGCGCACCAAGUGGGAUGAUUCUUUUUUUUGUUUUUUUUUUUAUUUCCCCCCAUUAGAAAAGACAUUUAUAAGAGACCUCGAUGGAUGCACUUCGACUGGGCGAAGAUUUUGGUCCUCGUUUGUAUCUUGAAUUUAGAGCUAAGAGACGCCUCUUGUCCGUAGUCUUUAAGCUGUUGCGAAAGGGCCAUUCUCUGUACGUACCAAAACGUGAAAAUGUUUAGGCAAAUUUGAAACCUCGACGCGUAAUUACGGAGGCCCUAAUGAGGAUUUGUCGAGAGAAAAAAAAUAAAAAUUAUGUACUCGUCCCGGACGAGAAGGAAAG